AUGAAGGUGCCUCAUACAUCUUCCAGAUCCCAGCGAGACUCUUCUUUCGGGUUCCCUGGUCUUGUCGACCUCUAUCGUUCGAAGAUGCACUCUAACCAGGUCAACCGUCCUACUCAUUUCCCCACCAACGUUCAAGUCUAUGGCCCAAACAAGGUGGCCUAUGACUUUUCCACAGACCCCUAUGGUCGCCUCGAUGGUUCUUCCUUGACUGAGGGCGAGGAACUUCCUGCCCUUGUUGCAGACCAGAGUAUGCUUAACUCUUUGGGUCAUGUCAAUGGUUCUUCCUCAACCAAGGAUGAGGAACUCCCUGCUCUUACUGCAGACCAAGGUUUCGUGCAGUUACCCCAGUUCUCUCAGGGCAAUGCCAACCAAGACCAUGUCGACCGUGCCAAACCUGAGGGCGUCACUUUCGGUCAUCUUGAUUGCGGUCGCCCAGCUUAUCCCGAUUACAUGCUCCGCUAUCCCUUCUUUGAUCCCAGCCUCAACCUUGUGCGCAAAAGGAAGGUUUUCGAUCGCGAUAGCCACCGAGAUGACGCGACCACCGGCAUCUGGGCCGACCCGAAGCGUACGAUGGAACACGACUUACGCCCUCUGUCUGAGCUGCUGACUUUGGAGGAGGAAGGCUCUGGCGCCAAGUCUCCCACUCCUCAACGUAUCAGGGACAAUGCCUCUCGCCCCCAGGUCAAUGAUAUCUGGUCUGACCCGAAGACCGUCAUGGAGUAUGACUUGGUCAAGGAUCCGCUUUGGUUUCAACUUGAUCGGGUCGUCCAUCAAUUCCCGUGGGACAAGGAGAUUGAUUCCCCCAAGCCCCGUCUUCACCGCCACCAGGAGGUCGCUCGCAAGCCGGUCUCCGACAUCUGGUCUGAUCCGAAGACCGUCAUGGAGUAUGACUUGGCCAAGGACCCCCUUUGGUUCCAACUUGACCGGGUCGUCCAUCGAUAUUCGUGGGAGCAGGAGGAGAUCGAUGCUUCCGACCCCUCCAUCGAGGACGACGCUGGCCAUGGCUGGGACGUCAGCACCGACAACGGCUGGGAUACUUUUGGUGAUGACGAAACUGCCUAUUCCGACGAGUUGACCGACAGCGAACAAUUCGGUGGAUGGUACGAAGACGGCGCCAAUUCCACUUGGGGCGACUGGGUCGACAGCGACCUGCAAACCGCCGAAGACUCUGAGGGCCAAUCCGACGAGAGCCAGCCCGAUGAGGCCUCUUCCGCCCCUUCGGAUGACCAGGAAGUUUCUCAGGUCGCCACCGCCGGCGCCCCCACUGACGUUUUCGACGAGCCCAUCGGCCAAGCCAGCCACGCGCAGCACAUCCCUCAGCAAGGCACCACCCAUGGAGCUGCUAGAGAUACCUGCCCCGUCGGCACCGUUGUUAUCCAUUACGAGGGCGGCGCGGGUGAGGCUGGCAACCGUACCAUUACGGUUCUGAAGGCCCAGGCUACGGGUUGGGUUAUUGUUGCCCAGGUCAGUGGGCACUUGAACUCGGGUGAGAUUCACCUGUUGCCUUCCCUCUUCUAA